GAGGAAUUGGAGAAUGGAGAAGCAACCCAGAGAGCAAGCGGUCACCGAGCCCGCGGACUCCGGAGCGGGAGGCGAGGAAGGCGGGUCACCACAGGUCACCGGCGCCCAGACGGCGCGUCCCGAGGACCGCUUGACCCUGCUGCUCAGGCUGAGAGCACAGACAAAACAACAACUCUUGGAAUAUAAAUCAGUAGUUGAUGCAAAUGAAGAAAAAACUCCAGAACAAAUCAUGCAAGAUAAGGAAAUUGAAGCUAAAAUUGAAGACCUGGAAAAUGAAAUUGAAGAUGUGAAAAUUGCUUUUGAAAUAAAAAAGCUUGCAUUAGACAGGAUGCAACUUUCGACUGCACUUAAAAAAAACCUGGAGAAGAUUAACCCCAAGACUAGUGUGCUCAUGGAUAACAUGAAACACGUAUUAAAGCUAAACAAAUUAAUAAUGAAAUCACAACAGGAAUCUUGGGAUUUGGAGGAAAAACUACUUGAUGUUAGAAAGAAGAGAUUACAAUUAAAACAAGCUUCAGAAAGUAAGCUUUUAGAAAUACAGACUGAAAAGAACAAACAGAAAGAUGAUUUGGCCAGUAUGGAAAAUUCAGACAAGAUAAAGACCAUACAACAAAACCUGCAGAUGGAGAUACAAAUUACGACAGUUAUUCAACAUGUGUUUCAGAACCUCAUUUUAGGAAGUAAAGCCAAUUGGGCAGAGGAUUCUGCCUUUAAGGAAACUGUUCUACAGCUUGAGAAGAAUCUCACCAUGAUGUAAUAAGAAUUCUGUUUUGUUAUUUUUUGUUUCAGUCUUUAAUAUGUCAUUUAAAUAGCAAAUUUAAAGUAAAAUUUUUAUUUAGUGUUUUUGGAACUAAUAUUGCAAAGUUUUUGUAGCUUAACACUAUAACAUGGAAUUUGUUCUUUCAACUAUGUUAAUUAAAGUGACUGGCAUUCUCUAAAAGAAUCUGAAAGUCUUAGCCUUGCAAGGGCCCCGAAAGACAUCUAAUCUAGCUUUCCACUGAAUGUGGACACUUUUUCUACAACAUUUCUGGCCGUCCCAACUCUUAUUUGGAAUACUUCUUUUUUU